CUUGCUGCCUUUUAACACAUCUUUUCAUGCUUGGGGGCUGAGCUGCUCUUCGGGGUAUAUAACUAUAAGAACAGCGCCGAACCCUCAGGACAUGGAUUUACUCGUUUGUAGCUGAUCGCCCUGCAGUGGGACUAGAUAACGCUGCUAGGGAAUAUAAUAUAUGACAUGCCAAAAGGACUCACGUUGAGCGAGGGAAAUCCCCAUCAAAAAAAAAAAAAACCUGCUUUGGGUGGAAGGUAAACGAUAUCUCCUGGGUGAAUGUCUUAUAAUACCCAACAUGAAUUGUUUAAAGAUGCACUCCACAUCCUCAAAACCACCCUACAGAACGCUAGGUACCCUUCAUGUAAAAAUAUGUCCCGGAAUGAAGCGUUCUGCAUUUGAACACUGGUACUGUCCUCAAGAUAACUUGCUGCCUUUAAAUACUCACCAUUUUUAAAAUGGCUGCUUGCAACAGCAGUUUCCUGGUGGCUUGUGAGCUGCAAGACUCCAAUACAAGCCUCUCAGUUGUCGGAUAUACAACUCUGCCCAUUCAUCUAAGGAUAAUGUUGGCAGCAGUCAUGAUGGGUAUGGUUGCCAUCAGUUUUUUGGGCAAUGCUAUAGUCUGUCUGAUAGUCUACCAGAAACCAGCCAUGCGGUCUGCCAUCAAUCUGCUUUUGGCAACCCUUGCCUUUUCCGACAUAAUGCUUUCCCUCCUUUGUAUGCCUUUCACCGCUGUUAGCAUUAUUACCAUCGACUGGCAAUUUGGAGUCUCUUUCUGUAAGAUAUCGGCAAUGCUCUACUGGUUCUUUGUCCUGGAAGGAGUUUCGAUACUCUUAAUCAUCAGUGUUGACCGCUUCUUAAUCAUAGUUCAGCGACAAGACAAACUCAACCCAUACCGUGCCAAAAUAAUGAUCAUCGUUUCUUGGCUACUCUCAUUUUGCAUCUCUUUCCCAUCAGUGGUAGGCAGCACUGCUGUGGUUGUGCCAUCCCGGGCGCCCCAGUGCGUUUUGGGUUAUACAGAGUCCCCUGCAGACAGGGCCUACGCUGUUUUGCUGGUGGUGGCAGUUUUCUUCAUCCCCUUCAGUGUCAUGCUGUACUCCUACCUCUGUAUCCUCAACACGGUGCGCCGCAACGCAGUGCGAAUUCACAACCACGCAGACAGCUUGUGCCUGAGUCAGGUCAGCAAACUAGGCCUCAUGGGCAUGCAGCGGCCCCAACAGAUGAAUGUAGACAUGAGUUUCAAAACCAGAGCGUUCACCACCAUUCUGAUCCUUUUCAUCGGUUUUUCCAUCUGCUGGCUGCCCCUCACAGUGGUGAGCUUGCUCUCUGUGUUCAGCCAUCGUUUCUACUACAGCCCAUCCUUUUAUGCCGUCAGUAGUUGCGUGCUCUGGCUGAGUUACCUGAAGGCCGUCUUUAACCCUAUUAUAUACUGUUGGCGGAUUAAAAAGUUCAGAGAGGCAUGCAUGGAGUUCAUGCCCAAAACUUUCAAGAUCCUCCCUAAAGUGCCUGGAAGGAACCAAAGGAGAAUACGGCCAAGUACUAUUUAUGUCUGUAGUGAACAUAUGUCUGCCGUUUAAAAAAGAGCCCUUCGCAAAAGUACCAAUUUAAUGCUUAAUUACUACCUUUAUGUUUGCACUGCACAAGUACUACUGCCACUCAUAACAAUUAAAAGCAAGCAGUUCAUAGUAUCCAGUAGUUUAAGUGGACUGUGUCUAAAUAAAUGACUUAAAACAUACUAUGUGAAAAAUAAAUGAUGGUUGUCAGUGUUGGAUGGUUUUCUACCUUUAUUUGGUGGUCUACACAUUAUAUAGUGAAAUGCAUUGUUCUGGAGCAAAGGAAUGGUUAAAAAAUAUCCCACAAUAAACAGAAUUUACAAAAGUGAAUCAAGUCUUUGGAAGUUAGGAUACAUUUCAAUAAGAAUAAAGAGGUAUGGAGUUUUCAGAAAAUAAGUCUUCUUUAAAUUGCUUGGAUAUAAAUGAAUCAUCACCGUUGUGUUACUUAACAACACUGCAGACCUGUAAAAAAAGCUUGAAAAAUGACUUUAGUAUGACUACCUUUUCCCUUAUUAGACAUGGAAACAAAUGCAGAGAGGUUUAUGAGUUUGAUUUACGCUACUGAGUCUAAAACUUUUUUUACAUUUGUUACCUCUAUAUAAAUACUUUAUGGGUAUUUAUAGAGCAAAACACAACGAUAAAAUACUAUACAAAAAAUAAACAUAAUAUAUACAUAUAUACAUGUAUACACACACUCAACCACACACCACUGGCUACUGAGUACUUUUUUUCUAAAGUUCCUUUUCAAUUGUUUAGCCAGAAUCACAAUUACAGAUUGUGUAACAAUAAACUUAAAGUAUCAAUCAAAAGCAAACACUGACAUGUUGUACAUAUAUUAGUACAAUAUUGGGUGAAACUCGUUGAAAGCAACCAUUAUCUCUGCACUAUUGAAAUAAAACAAACAUAGGACAAGAUUACAAGAUAAGCAGAACUAUUCAGACAUAAACUAACUCAAACAAUAACUAAAACCACAGAUCAUCAGGGAAAGCAUCAAGGUCUUUCCUGCACGUGAUUUCUACAGCUGUUUAUCUCAUCGUGUCUCAUCGACCUGAAUUGCACACUGGGUACCAGCAUAACAGGGCUUGUGUGUUACAGAAAUAACACAGCUUGGUUUUUGUAUCAUCCAUCGAGAACUUUGUAUCAUAUCAUAAUAGAACUGACAGAAG